CAAGUAAGAGAGAGAAGAGAGUUGCACCCAGGCAGACAGAGGGAAGAGAGUGUGUGUGCAAACUGGGAUGAAUAAAUGCACUAGGAGGCUUUGCUGGUGAUUCAGCCAGAGAGAGAGAGAGAGAGAGAGUGUGUGUGUGUGUGUGUGUGCACGAAAGUGAGUGAGAGAGGGAGAGAGAGCGGGUGUGAGAGAGAGAGAGAGGGUGAGAGAGAAUAAGUGAAAGGGAAGGAAAAGGGAAGAAAGAAGCAGAGAAGAGAAGGGGAGGAUACUACAACUUCAACUAUGCUGUGCUGCAUAAGAAGAACCAAACCGGUGGAGAAGAAUGAGGAUGCAGACCAGAAGAUUGAACAGGAUGGCACCCCUAACAAGCCUGAGGACAAGGCCCACAAGGCUGCCACCAAAAUACAAGCGAGCUUCCGUGGACACAUAACUCGGAAAAAGAUGAAAGAUGGAGAAGAAGAUAAGGAAGGAGACAGUCCAGCUGCAGAGGAGGCAGCAGACGGUGAGGAGACAAAGAAGGCGGAGGGAGAAGAGGCACCUGCUAAGCAGGAGGAAAAUGCAGGAGAGGCCAAGAAGGAGGGGGACGACACAAACCAGGCCAAAACCCCAGGAGCAGACAAGCCAGCUAACUCUCCUGCAGGCACAGCAACGUCCCCCGUAGCGGCGGCCCCAGCUGCCGCCUCUCCCACGGCCGCCUCUGAACCUCAGAAAGAGGAGCCGAAGGCCGAGGAGAAGCCCAAAGAGGUGGAGGCUCCGGCAGCAACAGCCAAAAGUCCCACUACAGCCACAGCCGAGGAGAAGAAGGAGGAGGAGAAGAGCGAGGAGAAGAAGGAGGAGGCCAGAAAAGCCGAUGUGCCUGCUGCUGUCAGUCCGACAGCUGAAAAGGAGGAGCCUAACCAAACAAAUGAUAAAAAAGAUGCUGCAGAGGAGUCAAAAGCGGAGGAGAAUGCCCACCCAGAUGGGGCUGCGGAGCCCUCCGAGUCCAAGGAGGACUAAAGGCAAAGCCUUACCCAUUGGAGCUCCGAAUUAAGAGAAAAAUGAUGAAUAACACAAUAAGAAAAAUCUAAAAAGAAUGCUCUUUGCCUUCCUGACGACGAGGGCAGUCAGUUUCUAUUUGUUUGUCAUUUUUUGUGUGGCAAUGAUUUUCUCAUGUUGGGGGAGUUUCCAGCGUGAAGUUUUUUGGCUCAAGCUAAUAGUGUGAUUCUGAUGAUGACGUCUGUAUUAAUGAGUAUGAAACAUGAUUAUUACCUUGAUGAUGGUAAUGAUGACGAUGUUGCAAUGGUGGAAAGCAUCAUUUGGACCGUCUCCACUGCUUAAUAGAAGUGGUAAUAUAAGUGGAAAAAUCACCGGAUCGACUGCUUCCAACUGGAUCCCUCACACAUUUCAAAUGCAUUGCCAAUGCGCCACGGCUCACUUGCAUUGUAAUGCACUUUUUUUACAACCCACGCUGCAAAAACAAAACUCCGUUCUGCAAAAUGCAUGCACAAAAAAACAAAAAACAAAAACAAAACAAGCCAGUUUUGAAAUGCAAGUCCAGUUUUCAGCACUGCACAUGGGCACUGAGAACACAGCAACACGUCCGAUGGAUACUCGAAUGUAUAUCUAAAUGUGUGAGAUUUUCCAGUUGGGCAGUUUUAUUGCAAAUCCAAAAAUGAGACAAUGAAUUUACUGCUCUUUCUAUUCACCUUGAGUCACUCAAGCUUGGUUUACAUCCCUUUUACAAACUCUAUCAGCCCACUUUUACAGUAAAGGACCUGUUGCCCCUUAAAUCCUAUAAUAAACUAUAGAAAUUUACUAGAGUGUUGAUGUAACUGGCUCUUAUAUAUAUUGACCUGUGUUCUGCCAAGCAAGUGUGAGAACAGUAGCAUGAACCAUGGAACCAGAUGCAUGAUGGGAACUCUCCCUCCGAGAGGAACUUCUUCGCAGUCACAAAAACUUAAGAGGUGUGGCGGCUUCUUUUUGAUGUCUUUGGUGUUGUAUGACAGUUUCUAUGAAUUGGGUAAAAAAAAAAAAAAA